GCUAGCGGCCGGUGGUGUGCCAAGCGGCUUUGUGGAUUCGUAGAAUUUCCUCCGAUGCUGGUAUUGCGGCUUCCAGUAUCACGAGGUGGAAGCUGGCUGCUGGCCAGAUAUGUUGCUGUGACACGGUGGUGAUACUGUGGGACGAGGGCUAUCCGCCGGUUGUUGAUGUGCGGAUGGGUGUGGUUAUGACACGUGUGCAUGGAAGUUGCUGUGCCGCGUGAUCCUCAGCCGCGGGAAGUAUACGAGAGGGGGGACGAUAGGAGUGAGGAAAUGAAGGCGUGGGUCGCCUCGACACUAGGAGAUUCUUUGAAACAGAUCACUAAGAAACUGGAAGAAGUGGAUGCAAAGGCGAAUGUUGCAGCUGCUGAGAAAGAAGAUCUUGUUAAACUGCGCGCUGAGAAGGCUGCAUUGGAACUGGUUGUUUUGAAUAAGGGGAAGGAGGCGAGCAGCGAGAAACGAAAAAGGUCGAUAACUGCCCCUGCCGCUGCUCUUGCGGCAGUCACUCCAAAGAUGAGCGUUGCGAAGGUGCGAUCACGAGGCAGCUCAAAAUCUAGGUUGCAGAGGGUUGAAAUCUCAUCAGGUGAUGAUGCUGAGGAUGAUGGCGUGAGGCAGAAUCUGGCGCCGAAUAUGGAGAAGAGCAGCGACCUCUCUGAAGUGAAGAAGUUGUUGGCAGAGUUGGUGCAAGGUCUGGUGGUGCAGAAGGGCAAGCAGCGCGCGAAUACCCCCGAGGAGGCGCUUGAGCCUGAGUAUGGGACGAAUGAGGCUGAAGACCUGAACCUCACACAGAAACCGAUCAAUGUCGUGGAGGAGGAAGCUGAUGAAGAUGGACUUGCUGCCUACAUGAAGAUUAGGCAGCAAUUUUAUAUGUCACUGCAUUGUUCACGAGUACAGGAGCUGUGCAAGCAAAAGGGAGUCAGCUAUGUGCGCAAAGACUCCGGUUCAUGGGAGCUCGCGUGACUGGAUCUGCAGGAUUAUGUGGAUCAACUUAAGGACGCAGCCCCAAAAGGGA